AUGCGUCUCUCUCUACUCACCACUGCGCUCCUCCCUCUCCUCGCCGCUGCGCAAUCUACUUCCUCAUCAACUACGACAAUCACCUCGACCGCAACUCUCACAAAGACCAUCACCGUCUCUGAAGUCGUCGCAAGCGUCUACGCCACCUACCCAACCUACAACACCUCGACCUCAACAUCUGGUCCAACCGCCGCAUCAGCAUCCUACACGACCGCAAUCGGAACUGGCUCUUCCCCCAUCGUGUCUGCCACCCCAUCAAGUACACUCCCCACCAACUUCAUGGGCGCCGCAAGCAGUCUGAGUGGUUACUGGGCAGGUAGUGCAAGCUUGGUGGUUUGCGCCGUGGCAGCUAUGUUGUAG